AUGAGUUACAUCAUCAUUGUUGUGAAACAAUUAACAGAAGCUAACCAUUCUUGUCAAAUAAUUCUAAUAGCAUCAAGACAAUGGCAGUCUAUCUCGGGUUCGCAGUCUCGGAGGAAUAAACUCAACAACAUCAUCUCUGCCAAAGCUAACAUAACAUGCUGUGCUAACCAGACACAAACCGCCACCCGCAAAUCAUUCUCUGGACCCACCUCUCCACCAUCGGGUUCAGUUAAAGAGAAGGUGAAGCCCAGGCUCGAUGAUGGUGGCGUUGGGUUCCCACCGUUCCGGUUUGGUGGUGGAGGAGGUGGUGGUGGUGGCGGUGGCAGCAGUUCCUCCGGCGGAUUCAUCCUCUUCGUGAUCGUUUUGCUUCUGGACUACCUGAGGGAGUUCGAGAGGAACUUGCAGAGUGGGCCGCGCAGGGGCGGCGACUACGACAGUGGGCGCGCACCAUAGUAGCUAGCUGCUUUUCUGUACUAGCUUGUUUCACAGACGGUCCGGUGAUGUGUUACCUUGCUGAGCAGUGUUAUCAGACUAGAAUUACUGGCGAGAGAAUGAACUGAGAAGUAGCAACCGUAGCUGUUGGACGGGAUGUGGAGGGCUUGAGAUUGCACACCAGAAGCAAGUGGCACUAAUGUUUCCGCUUCAGGGCCUUUUUGGUUCAUAGGAAAAUCUGAGUGUAGGAGUAGGAAAAAAAAUUAUAUGACGGUAUCCAUUCGUUUGCUUCAAAUGUUAUGAUCAAAGGAAA